CGGGCGUCGGGUGACGCUAGGCGGACGAGUUGUCACGUGACACGGAAGUGACUCCGAACAGGAAGAGGAGGAAAAAAAUAACCGUCCGCGACGCCGAGCCGAACCGGAGCCGCAGCCACCAUGAACAGCAAAGGUCAAUAUCCAACGCAGCCAACCUACCCAGUGCAGCCUCCUGGGAAUCCAGUGUACCCACAGACCUUGCAUCUUCCUCAGGCUCCACCCUAUACUGAUGCUCCACCUGCUUACUCUGAGCUCUAUCGUCCGAGCUUUGUGCACCCAGGGGCUGCCACAGUUCCCACAAUGUCAGCUGCAUUUCCUGGCGCCUCACUGUAUCUUCCCAUGGCCCAGUCUGUGGCUGUUGGGCCUUUAGGUUCCACAAUCCCCAUGGCUUAUUACCCAGUUGGUCCCAUCUAUCCACCUGCCUCCACCCCCUGGAUGCCCUCCCAAUGCUGCUCAGCUCGCAGUCAUGCAGGGAGCCAACGUCCUUGUAACUCAGCGGAAGGGAAACUUCUUCAUGGGUGGCUCAGAUGGUGGCUACACCAUCUGGUGAGGAGCCAAGGCCACCUCUGUGCCGGGAAAGACAUCACAUACCUUCAGCACUUCUCACAAUGUAACUGCUUUAGUCAUAUUAACCUGAAGUUGCAGUUUAGACACAUGUUGUUGGGGUGUCUUUCUGGUGCCCAAACUUUCAGGCACUUUUCAAACUUAAUAAGGAACCACGUAAUGGUAGCAGUACCUCCCUAAAGCAUUUUGAGGUAGGGGAGGUAUCCAUUCAUAAAAUGAAUGUGGGUGAAGCAGCCCUAAGGAUCUUCCUUUAAUUCCUCCGGAGUAAUACUGUACCAUACUGGUCUUUGCUUUUAGUAAUAAAACAUCAAAUUAGGUUUGGAGGGAACUUUGAUCUUCUUAAGAAUUAAAGUUGCCAAAUUAUUCUGAUUGGUCUUUAAUCUCUUUUAAGUCUUUGAUUUAUAUUACUUGUUAUAAAUGAAAUGCAUUAGUUGUCUGCCUUUUCCUUUGCAUCCUUUGCCCCACAUCCCAUUCCCAGCCCCAGUCUUCCAUUCCCUCCUACCAAUCUCCAUUGAAUCAGUGGUGCAGGACAGAAAGCCAGUCAGACUAAUUUUCUUGUCUCCUUGCACUUCUCCCCACUUGUCAUCUUUUAAAUAGUCGUUCACAAGGAUCCUCUGAAACCCCCUCUGUGCUCCAAGCACAGACCCCAUUACUUCUGCUUUUGCAUCUCCUCAGGCAAAAAUGGAGGGUGCCAUGUAGAUAAUUUUUUUGUUGUUGUUUUUGGCAGGGGACACUCUUUUUAUAGGUUGCCUCUGCAUAGAAGAACCUAACCCGAAUUUGUUUUGGUGCCAGAAAAACAGUGAGCUCAUGUUUGAACAAAAGAUUAACAGUGUAAACUGUACUGUAAACAACAGUUUGUUUAAAAUAUGAGGGGUGAGGAGAAGGAUGCAUUUCAAAAGCCUGGUGACUUCAGAGCCAAAUUAAGGGGAGUUUUCAGAUAAAAAAUCGGUUACAAUUUAUUGUCAGAGUGUCUGAUGCAGCCACUCAUGGCUCCCAAGAAUUCUCAGCCAGGUUAAUGGGGUCACAUUGUGAAUGCCUCACUGCAGAACGACUUGAGUCCAGUGAAGUCUCAUUAGGGUGAAGAAUAUUUCAGGGAUCCUUAAUAUUUUGAUUUUUGUUUUCUGAAAUUGGAUUUUACUUUAUGUUAUAAUUUCAGUUCAUCUAAAUUUGUGUUCUGUACAUGUGAUGUUUGACUGUACCAUUGACUGUUAUGGAAGUUCAGCGUUGUAUGUCUCUCUCUACACUGUGGUGCACUUAACUUGUGGAUUUUUUUAUACUAAAAAUGUAGAAUAAAGACUAUUUUGAAGAUUUGAAUAAAGUGAUGAAGUUGCAUUACACCUCA